CCUUUGUCUGCAGACGCUGCCCAGGCGAGAGAGAGAGAGAAAGCCCCGGAGAUCUUCUCCUUUUGCAAGGCUGCCGUCCGCCUGGGAAAGCUCCUCGCAGAGACGGGGGUUGUGCUAGGAAAGCCCUGAUUUCUCUCUGCCUUCUCUCCUUUUUGCAGGCUGCCGUCCGUCAGGGGAAGCUGCCCUUCCCUAUCGACAGAGCCUGGGAGCUGCCGAUCUCGCUGCCUUCUCUCCUUUGCAGCUGACAUCCGUCUGGGAAAGCUGCCCUUCCCUGCCAACAGAGAUUGGGAGCUGCCGGAUCUCUCUGCCUUGACUCCUUGGCAGGCUGCCGUCCGUCUGGGAAAGCUGCUCGCAGAGCCUGGGGCUGCGCUAGGAGAGAGAGAGAGAGCGCCCUGAUCUCUCUGCCUUGACUCCUCUCCGCAGGCUGCCUGUCCGCCUGGGAAAGCUGCCUUUCCCCACCAAUAAGAGGGCUUGACAACAGCUGACCAGCCAGCCCAGGGCAUGUGAAUCCUUCCCUGGGGGUGGGUGUGAAGGAAAUUGUCACGCAAGAAGUCUCGUGGAGUGGGGGUGAGGAAAUCGGCUCGCCAUGCCGGUGGAGACCUUCCAAGCCAGCCGUGGCAUGGCCACGGUGACGGCCACGGCCCCCUUCACCUCUGCCAUGCCCUUCCGCAUCCUCAACAAGGGGCCCGAAUACUUCCGCCGGCCCCCGGCCAGCGUCUCCCGGAAGCUCAGCGCCGUGGAACGCCUGGAAGCGGACAAAGCCAAGUAUGUCAAGAGCCAACAAGUGGCCACCACCAAACAGAACCCUGUCCGGCCAUUGGUGCUCAAGCAGCCACUCUUCACCCCCGGGGUCAGGCGGGCAAUGUUCGCCCCCAACCGGAAGGUCCCUCAAGCGGGGCGGCGGGGAGAAGGCGGCGGCGCCAAAUCGUCCCUCAACUUGGAAAUCCUCAACAACCUGAUCAAUUUUUGCGACAGUCCCCUUGCCUUCCCCAAACCAGAGCAGAGCCCUUCGGACAGUCCGUGGCUCCCCAAGGUCCACGGCCGGAAUCUGGACAGCCUGCCUUCCACCCCUAAGAACAAGGCCGCGACCGACAUCAGCAAACACUCCCAAAGUUCGGCAUCUUCCAAGCCGUCCAGCACCGUAGCCGUCCGCCGAGUGGACGUCCGGCCUUGCGGGGUGUCGACGGCCAGAAGUCCCCCCGCUAUCCAACUGUCUCUGCUCCCUGUCCCGCCUACGCCCCCCCAAAACCUGCCUGCCACCCCUCUCCGCUGCCCAAGCCCGAGGGGAGAGCCGCAGACCGAUAGCGCCAAACGCCAGACCUUGUUACACCGGUCCAAAUCGGACUUGAGCGACCGAUACUCGCGGGCCACGGCCGACUUGGAACGCUUCUUCAACUACUGCGGCUUGGAUCCCGAGGAGGUCGGAGACAUGGAGAUGGAGCGGUUCACUCGAGCCAGCUCGGACAUUGUGUCCGUCAAGUUCCACAGCGUCAGCACCAGCAGCUCGGCCGGGACUCCUUCCCAGCGAAGCACCAUCACCGUGGAGGACAGGCAAGCGGAACGCAUGCCGUACGGCAUCUCCAUCGUCGAACGCAAUGCUCGAGUCAUUAAGUGGCUUUAUGGACUCCGGCAGGCAAAAGAGGCCCAGAAGAUAUCCAACGUAUAGCGGCAGCUGCUGGUGGGGGGUGGGAACUCCCCAGCGGUGAGGGGACGAGUCCCUCAACCCUGUCCAAGGCUCUUGGUUUCAGUUUGCAACUUGAGAAAAAAAAAAGAUUUGUCGUCUCCGGGACGUGUGAGGGCCCACUUGGUUUUGCCCACCGGGCGAUCCCUCGUGACACGUCGAUCUUAAAAUCCUUUUUUGUUGUUUGGGGGUUGUAGGGGGGUUGGAAUCGCUUGUUCUGUUCCCGAUCCAAGCUUUGAGGCUUUGUCACAAGACACCAACACACCAAACGGAGACAAAUUUAACUUGUGGGGGAGGGGGUCCUUGGUGCUUCUCUGAGCUUGGCCGUUUCACUGUCAAGACGUUUCGUGACCCAACUAGGUAACGUCAUCCGUGCUAGAAGGGAAGUGGGGGGUUUUGCUCUCUGUUUAUAAAGGAGUGGUUUGUCCUGUGUGUGUUGGUGGGGAGUGUUCUUUGUGGUUCCUUGAUACGGCUGUUGUUUGCUGUCGGGGUCCUUGGGGCUCUCUGAGCUUGGGUUUUUUCUUUUUUUCUUUUCUUGCAGACGUUUCGUUACCCAACUAGGUAACAUCAUCAGUGCUAGCAGGGAGCGGGUUUUGCAGAGAGGAAGCAAGGGACAAUGGCAAUGUUGUGGUCCUUGGUGCUCUCUGAGAUUGGUGCUUUCCUUGCAGACGCUUCCUUACCCAACUAGGUGACAUAUCCUCAAUGUUGGACGAGAGUGGGGUUUGCGGGGCCUAAAGGC